UGAGAGGGCAGCCAGUUUACAAGGGACACCAAAAAACACCAAAAACCUUCGUGCUAUCCUGUUAAACAUGAACAGGGUUGCAGGCGCUUUACGCCGAACCUUUGGAUUAAUACGUGAACACGUCGGGACAGAUCAUCUGGGAAAUAAAUAUUACUUUGUCCCUGAACAGAAGACAUGGACAGGAAGGCUCGUCCGUGCCAAGCGGAUGGUAGAAGCAGCCAAUCCUACAGAAUAUGAAUAUAUGGAAGGAAGCAUACCGAUGGAGUGGGACGCUUGGAUCCGAGGCAGACGGAAGGAGCCCCCCUCCAUUGAGGAGCUGCUGAAGAAUGAGUCCUACAGGGAGCAGAUAAAGCUGAAGGCCAAGGAGGUAGAGGAACAAGAUCUGGCCCGACAGGCAAAGGAGUAUGAAGAAGGUCUGGUGGCAACACCUUUAAAGACUACUGCCAAAGGCCAUGCUGCCGCCACCAGCUUCGGCAAGGAAGAGCUCAGCGAAGACCCCUCAAGCACCGCGAACACAUUCCAGCCCGGCUCCUGGUUACCAAACCCCAAAAAAUAGAUUGAGACAGCCCCACACAACGAGACUCUCCUACAGUGUUACACAAUCCAAUACCAAAACACUGAGAUAAAUACCACCUUUGUGAAUCUGAUAUUUACUUUUUGUUGAGAUGUUGAAAUUCAAUAGUAGAAACAUCUUUCAGUUUAAUACAAUCCAAUACAACACCGUAAAUUACCAGAGAGAAUAACUCAACUCCUCUCUGACCCAGUCUCAAAACAUAUUUGAAGUUCAACAAAGGAAGUAUUAUUGCAAGGCUGCAUUAGAUUAUAAAGGGGUUUAAAAUGAGACAGUAUCAUAAUUUAUCUUGAACCUGGCGCCAUAAAUGGCCACAAUAAUUUAAUAUAGCUGUAAGGUCUGUUAAAAAAGCAAAGAAAAACUGAAAUGGUUGUACUUCAGAAGUCACUGGGUGCAACUAUACACUGUAAAUACACUGUAUCAUGUUUGAGAUAUAUUGUAAUAAAUUAUGGCUGUUUUAAUUACAUUUAUAUUGAUUCCCUGUUAGUUAACUUAUUUUACAGAGAUGAUUAUUUGAUAAUGUUCCUGUUUGAUGUCACAAAUCAUACUCCUAGACCCACGCCUAGUGUUUGAAACUCAAACUGAUCAGAACUACAGACCUCAAGUUUUCAGCUACAACCAACAAAACUGUAUUUUAUUG